GACCACGAUCCUCCCACAUCAGCACUCGGGAUAAGAUGGCGGCUGAGGGAGAGUACGAGUCGAUCCUGUGCGUUAAACCAGAUGUCAACGUUUACCGCAUCCCGCCUCGUGCUUCGAACCGCGCGUACAGGGCUGCUGACUGGAAGCUAGACGCUCCGGACUGGUCCGGUCGGAUGAGAAUAACGGCCAGAGGAACAGUAGCAUACAUCAAACUAGAAGACAAAGUCUCAGGAGAACUGUUUGCCCAGGCACCUGUGAAGGAGUACCCCGGCGUCGCUGUGGAAACCGUCAGUGAUUCCAGCCGAUAUUUUGUUCUGAGGAUACAGGAUGACAGCGGCCGCAGUGCUUUCAUAGGAGUUGGCUUUGGGGACCGAGGAGACGCUUUUGAUUUCAACGUCGCUCUGCAGGAUCAUUUCAAGUGGGUGAAACAGGAGAGUGAAAUCAGUAAAAGCAACCAGCUCGGGGAUUCAGGACCAAAACUGGAUUUGGGUUUUAAGGAGGGACAGACAAUCACACUGAAUAUAGGACAGGGUAAAAAGAGGGAUAAGCCCCGUCCACAGGGCUCAGCGGGGGUUGGACUCCUGCCACCACCACCUGGAGGGAAGAUAGCUCCGCCUCCUUCGUCUGGCUCAUCUAACCACAACACUGUUCCCCAGACAGCUGGCACAGCAACAGGCUGCCUCUUGGAGUUGGACAGCAGUAACUCCAACACAGUGGUUCAGUCCAAUCAGAGCUCAGAUCUACUCUGGGGAGACUUUUCAGCUCCAGCAAGCUCUGUUUCUCCUCCAUCAACGACUCAAAGCUCCACAAACUGGAUCCAGUUUUGAGCCGUCGCUUCUCACAUCAGAUGUGAUGUUUCAUCUUGCUGCAUUCGUGUCCAUGGCUUCCUGUGAACCUCUGAGAGUAUCUCCCACACCAUCACCCUCCUCAGAGCAGAGAUUACACACCCCAUUGUUCUGUCAAAGCGUGUAUUCCCUCUCAAAUCCUGCUGACAGCAAAUGAAGCAUUAAUGACUUAAAGCCAUGAAAUUAUAUGAGCCAUCUGCAACAGUAUAUAAGGGCUAUGUGGCAGGUGUUACUCCUUCAUGUGUUUACAUCAGUUCGCCUGUAGGGGUCCCUCUGAGCAGAGCUUUCUUUUUUGGACAGAGAUGGAUUUACAUUUUGUCUGUGUGACAGCGCCCUCUGCUGGCACCAAAGAGUACUAAAUGUCAACAAAUACAGUUUCUUAUCGCCCUUUUAAAAGUGCUGAAAAUAUGCAAAAAGCAAAAUGGAGCUAAAGAAAAAUACUAAUUUAAGAUAAAUUAUAUGAAUAUGUAUAUAUUCAGUUAGGACUAGCUCUUAUUUAUUUAUU